AUGCAGCAGGUCGGCGUCGUCGCAGCCGGCACCCAGCCACGCGUCGCAUCUCCCCCGCCUCCCAGAAGCCACACCGGAGCCAUCCCCUCCGCCGGCCCGCCCAAGCCCAGAUGGGGCCCGAAGGGCCCAGAUCUGGGCCGAGCGGACGACGCCAGAUCCCGUCGCCGCGCCGCCCCGCUGCCAACGGCGGCGCCGCCGCCCAGUUGCUCGCCUGCAUGCGCCACGGAGCCCCGCCGCCGCCUAGAUGCACCCCCCGGAGCCGCUCCGCCCGCGCCGGAGAGCGACCGGGAGGGGAAGGGCCAGGAGGCCGCCUCCACCAGCAGCCCCAGGGCCAAGCCGGCAGCGGGUGCCGGCGACGGCGGCGAGAAGGAAGAAGGGAGGGGGAGCCUGGAGGGAGGAGGCCCGAUGCGCGGCCGGGCCAUGUCACCAGGCAAGUCACCGGGCAUGUCAAACGCCGAGUGGAGGGCGGAAGUUCAGCGACGGGAGGCUGUCACCGCCGACCGGCGAAACAGGGCCAUCGCCAAGAAGGCCCGCGACAACGCGGCGCGCGCGGCUGCGGCUGCCGCAUCGGCGGAGGCCGAGGCGACUCGCGCGGGGAUGAUGAAUCCGCCCGGCAGUCACGCCCAGUACGCGCCCUGGGGACAGCAAGGCGUCGGCUCUCCGUCGCCGCAGCCAUGGGGAUCGCCCUCGCCGGGCUACGCCGACGGGGACGCGCACGGUGGGUUCAACCCAAACUACCCUUCAUACAACGACUCGCCGCCCGCCUACGCUUCCUCACCGACGCCCCCACUCCGGCGUGGCGCGCUGCCCUUCUCGCACCUCGGCGACACCGACGAGACCGAGGCCGACAUGGACGACAUCAUCGCGGCAGGUUCGGCCGCGGCCGCCGCGUCUCCCGGGUUCGCCACCCAGGACGAGACGGUGGAUCUCAGCGGCGGCAUGGACGGCGAGCUCGGCUACGGGCGCAAGAAGAAGAAGCGGGCGGCUAGGUCAGGCGAGCCGCGCAUCAAGUGGGCGUCCAAGGAGGAGGAAUGCCUCGCCGAAGCAUGGAAAGUCGUCUGCCUCGACCCGACCACCGGCACGAACCAGAGUAUCGAGACGUACUGGGACCGCAUCAAGGCCGAGUUCGACGAGCGCAAGCUCGUCGACCCCUACUUCAAAGGCGUCUACAUGCAGCGCGGCUCGAAGGCGAUGGUGAACCAUUGGGGGCGUAUCCAGGGGGCGUGCAACAAAUGA